GGCGGGUUUGGUGGAGGUGAAAGGUCGGGAAGAUGGCGGCGCCCAGUAGGAGAUGUACGUUGGAAUGAAAGAUCAUUGCCAGCGUCGUACGGCUGGUGAGAGGUAACCCGUGCCCAGGUUUUCCCGUUAAAGUGGGAGGAUGCUGGCCCGCCUCUGGACCCGGGCUCCCGCAGGCUUCAGACUGGGGCAUGGUUUACGUUUGACGGGAGGCACGGUGGAGUGCAGGCGACGAUACCCGACUGCAGAACGAAAGAAGUUUUAUCAGAAUGUGAGUAUUUCACAAGGAGAAGGAGGAAUAUUCGAGAUAAACCUUGACCGCAGAAAGCUGAAGACUCCUCAGGGCAAGUUGUUCACAGUUCCAAAUGAAGCCCUGGCGAUUGCAGUUGCCACUGAAUGGGAGACCCAAGGAGAUGUACUACAGCACUUUACCAUGCAUCUGACAAAUUUGUGCAAUACUGCACUGGAUAAUCCAACACACAGAACAAAAGAACAGUUGAUUAGAUCAGCUCUCAAAUUCCUGGACACAGACACCGUGUGUUACAGAGUGGAGGAGCCACCUGGCUUAGUGGAGCUUCAGAAAAAUGAAUGGGAUCCUGUGGUCGAAUGGAUAGAAAACAGGUACAAUGUUGUGAUUGGCUCUUCCACAAAUAUCUUGGGACCAAAUAUUCCAAAGGAGACAAAGGAGACCUUCGAACAGCAUCUUUCCUCAUACAAUUCUUGGGCACUAAUUGGUCUGGAGUAUGUCAUCCAUCAGCUUAAAUCUAUAGUUCUUUCACUAAAUUUAAUUGACCGAAACCUUGGUGUAGAAAAUGCUGUGCUGCUCUCUCGACUGGAAGAACAGUAUCAGAUUGAGUUUUGGGGAAAUGUUGAAUGGGCACACGACUACGAUCUCUACGAACUACGAUCGCGAACUGCAGCAGGAGCCUUGUUUGUCCAUCUAUGUUCGGAGAGUUCCACCAUGAAACAUAAACUGCUGCAAGACUGAAGUAGCUGAUUGUUUAUUUCGUUCCUUCCUGUAACUUGGAUUCUCUUCCGCAUUGGAUAAAUGAUUGUAAUUUAAAAAUAUAAAAUUAAAAGCAUUUUUAUCUGAA